CGGACCCCGCCCCAGGGUCGUGCCUUGGUACCGCCCUGCCCGCCCGGCGCUCGGGGGAGGGUGUGACCGGGCCUCGCUCCCCCUCCUUGCAGCGCGCAGUGGUGGCUGCCACGCCGAGUUCCGGUUCCUGUGGCUGCGGCCGCGGGCGGGCGGUGAGGCUGGGCAAGCGUGCAGUUGGCGCCCCGGCUCGCCGCCCCCGCCUCGCCGCACCUCCGGCUUGCUGCCGCGCGGGGGCCUGCGCCGCCCCUGCCUCCCCUUCCGGGCCAUGGUGCAACCCCAGGGCGCGUCCGUCCCCCGCCGCCGCUGACCCCGGUCCCCCACUCCAUGGCCGCCUCGGCGCCGCCCCCACCGGACAAGCUGGAGGGAGGUGGCGGCCCCGCACCGCCCCCUGCGCCACCCAGCACCGGGAGGAAGCAGGGCAAGGCCGGUCUGCAAAUGAAGAGCCCAGAAAAGAAGCGAAGAAAGUCAAAUACUCAGGGCCCUGCAUACUCACAUCUGACGGAGUUUGCGCCACCCCCGACUCCCAUGGUGGAUCACCUGGUUGCAUCCAACCCUUUUGAGGAUGACUUCGGAGCCCCUAAGGUGGGGGGCGCAGCCCCUCCAUUCCUUGGCAGUCCUGUCCCCUUUGGGGGUUUCCGUGUACAGGGGGGCAUGGCAGGCCAGGUACCCCCAGGCUAUGGCGCUGGGGGUGGAGUAGGCCCCCAGCCUCUUCGUCGACAGCCCCCCCCUUUCCCUCCCAACCCCAUGGGCCCUGCUUUCAACAUGCCCCCACAGGGUCCUGGCUACCCUCCCCCAGGCAACAUGAACUUUGCCAGCCAACCCUUCAACCAGCCUCUGGGUCAAAACUUUAGCCCGCCUGGUGGGCAGAUGAUGCCAGGCCCCGUGGGGGGAUUUGGCCCCAUGAUCUCACCCACCAUGGGACAGCCUCCCAGAGGGGAGCUGGGCCCCCCUUCUCUCCCCCAACGCUUUGCCCAGCCAGGGGCACCUUUUGGCCCUUCUCCUCUCCAGAGACCUGGUCAGGGCCUCCCCAGCUUGCCCCCCAACACAAGUCCCUUCCCUGGUCCGGACCCUGGCUUUCCUGGCCCUGGUGGUGAGGAUGGGGGGAAGCCCUUAAAUCCACCUGCUCCCACUGCUUUUCCCCAGGAGCCCCACUCAGGCUCCCCGGCUGCUGCUGUUAAUGGAAAUCAGCCCAGUUUUCCCCCAAACAGCAGUGGGCGGGGUGGGGGCACCCCAGAUGCCAAUAGCCUGGCACCCCCUGGCAAGACAAGUGCGGGCUCAGGGCCCCAGCCUCCCCCAGGCCUGGUGUAUCCAUGUGGUGCCUGUCGGAGUGAGGUGAACGACGACCAAGAUGCCAUUCUGUGUGAGGCUUCCUGCCAGAAGUGGUUCCACCGCGAGUGCACGGGCAUGACUGAGAGCGCCUAUGGGUUGCUGACCACUGAGGCGUCUGCUGUCUGGGCCUGCGAUCUCUGCCUCAAGACCAAGGAGAUCCAGUCUGUCUACAUCCGCGAGGGCAUGGGGCAGCUGGUGGCUGCUAACGAUGGGUGAUGCUGGCGAGGUGCCCAGGAAGUGCAUACGUUCCUCCCUGCUCUUCCAGGGUGGUGGUUUUCCUGUCUGGCUCUUGGUCCUUGUUUCCACUGGCUUCCCAUCCCCAUGGGGCAGAAACACAAUGGCUCCUGGGGGCAGAAAAGGAACUGAGGUGGGCAGGCAGAAGAGCCUGGAUUACUCACUUUUCUGGAAACUUACGUGUUGAGAUCUACAGAGGUCCAGGAAACCAAAGCCCUGCCAAGCAGAGCCAUUUUUGGUGGCUGUCUCUGGAGGCCUAGGGGUGUGGCUGCAAGAGAAAAGAGGCUGGAGGAAGAUCUGAAGGGCAGGGGUGUCCCCUCUACAGAUGAUGGAUGCCCCCAACACCUGUGCCUAACACUCCUGUCUAGCCCCCCAGCCCCAGCCUUAGUUUUUGGAGUCCAGUAUUAAAGGUUUCUGGCCAGAGGAGUUGGGGGUCUCUUCCCAUCUCUGCAGUAGCCCUUUCAUGGGUGCUGGGAAACAGCUUUAGAGAAUAAAUGGAGAUUUUCCCCUUUUCUUACCUUCCCCUUGCCUCCUCCAAGACCUACCCAACUCCUCCCCCCCUCAGAGAACCAAAUAGCUUGAAGAAGCAGGAGAGUACGUGGCUAUGGCAGUUUCUUGGUGAUUUGGGGCUUCAAGACAGUAGUUAAGAGAUGCUGUCAGGACAUAUCUUCCUUAUGCCAAAGUCACUGGUCGUUUCUCAGACUCUUGUGCUUUUUCCCCAAUGACAAUAUUUUUGCUAAAAAUUGGGAUAUGUGGUCUGACAGAGCAGAAUAUUUGAUGUUUGGACUGUCCGGGAAGCCUGGUCUCUGGCUGUACAUGCCCCCCCAUCUGUUGCACAUUAUUCGCAGCGCUGGUCUUCAACUUUUGGCGCCCUUACUUCCCUGCUUCCCUGGCUUGAUUGAAGGAAAGCUUGAAGAGGCGCAGAGCCCUUAUACCUCAUUUUUUCUCCUGAUGAAAGGAUCCCUGUCUCAGCCUGUGGGUGGGGAGGCGGCAGGACCCUUAUUGCCAUGGUACUAAAAUGCAAUCCAGAGCCUGGAUGUUUUUUGUUUCUCUCUUUCCCUGCUAUUCUUUAUAUAUCUUCUCCGGCCUGGUGAUUCAGCUGUUCUCAUUCCUCUCAGCCAGGGUCCUGCACUGGGCUUUGUUUUUAUUUUAUUUUGUAAACACUGCCUGCCAGAGAUGGGCCAGUGGCCCGAUCAGGAGCCCCUCACAGCUGCUGUCUCUUCCUUACAGCUCGUGCACACAUUCCUCAGUGGGGUGGGGAAGGCAGGCUUGGGUUGUGGCCCUGAGAGGAGCUGGUGUUCCCCUGCCCCCACUUCUCCCGGGACCCUAGCGUGUGAAGAGAAGACAAAGGUAUACUGCAGAACUCUUUUGCCUGCCCAGGUGUAGCAUGCAGCCUCUGAGGCUGUGAGAAAGAAGGGAGCGGCCUCUGGGCCUCUCUCCUCUAGUUCCCUGCCGUGGAACAGCAGAGAUGGCAGCCCCCGCACCCCUGCACUGCUGAGCUUUGUGUUGUGUUUGUGGUUCUGUUUGCCCCUCUUUUAUCGGUUGCUAUUUUUGUGGUCUCCCCCAUCUCUGCAUUUGGUAAGAUGGCUCUUGCGGGGGGGGGCGUGUCUGCUCAGUCCCUCUCUCCGUCAGUCCACUGCUUUUUGGAAGGAAGCGGGGGUGGCAGAGAUGUGGUGGGGAAAGUUUUGUACGGUUGGGUUAAUAAAAUGACUUGGAAAAUCCA